GAAACAUUGGUGUCCUAUGUAGCAGCACAGACUCAGGAUGAGAGCUGUCAUGCCACUGAAUCAACUUCGUAGCUGGCUGAAUGCUGUGGUCUUGGGGCUCCUGCUUCUCCUCCUCCAUGUGCAGGGUCAGGACUCAUCAGAGGCCAGCCCCAUCAGAAACACACACACAGGCCAGGUCCGAGGCAGCCUUGUCCAUGUGAAGGACACCAAAAUUGGUGUCCAUACCUUCCUUGGAAUUCCCUUUGCCAAGCCACCUGUAGGACCACUGCGCUUUGCUCCCCCUGAAGCCCCUGAGCCAUGGAGUGGUGUGAGAGAUGGAACCUCACAUCCAGCCAUGUGUCUGCAAAGCCUUGAAAUGAUGAAUGCAGAGGGCCUAAAGGAUAUGAAACUAACAUUGCCUCCCAUCUCUAUGUCUGAGGACUGCCUGCAUCUCAACAUCUACACUCCAGCUCAUGCCCAUGAGGGCUCUAACCUACCUGUGAUGGUGUGGAUCCAUGGUGGUGCUCUGGUUGGAGGAAUGGCUUCCAUUACUGAUGGAUCCAUAUUGGCAGCCUCAGAGGAUAUCGUGGUGGUCCAUAUCCAAUAUCGCCUAGGUGUUCUGGGCUUUUUCAGCACUGGAGACCAGCAUGCCAGAGGCAACUGGGGCUUCCUGGACCAAGUGGCCGCCCUACGCUGGGUCCAGCAGAAUAUUGCCCACUUUGGAGGCAACCCUGACCAGGUCACUAUUUUUGGCGAGUCAGCAGGUGGUGCAAGUGUGUCUUCACAUGUUGUGUCUCCCAUGUCCAAAGGACUCUUCCACAGAGCCAUCAUGGAGAGUGGAGUGGUCCUGCUACCUGGCCUUAUCUCUGACACCCAUGAGAUGGUCUACACUACGGUGGCCAACCUAUCUGGAUGUGAGGAAAAGGACUCAGAGGCCCUGGUGCACUGUCUGAGAGGCAAAAGUGAAGCAGAGAUUCUGGUCAUUAAUAAGGUCUUCAAGAUCAUCCCUGCUGUGGUGGAUGGGGUAUUCCUACCCAGGCAUCCCAGAGAGUUGUUGGCCUCUGUGGAUUUUCACCCUGUCCCCAGCAUCAUAGGUGUCAACAAUGAUGAGUAUAGUUGGAUCCUCCCCAUGGUCAUGGGCUCUGCUCAAACAAUAAAGGAAAUAACCAGAGAGAACCUGCAGGAUGUUCUGAAGAAUACAGCAGCACAAAUGAUGCUGCCUCCUGAGUGUGCUGACCUGCUAGUGGAAGAGUACAUGGGGGACACAGAGGAUCCCCAAGCCCUCCAAAUACAGUUUACAGAGAUGAUGGGGGACUUCACGUUUGUGAUCCCUGCACUCCAAGUAGCACAUUUUCAGCGUUCCCACAACCCUGUCUACUUCUAUGAAUUCCAACAUCAAUCCAGCUUCCUCAAGAGUAUCAGGCCACCCCAUGUGAAGGCUGACCAUGCUGAUGAGGUUCCUUUUGUCUUUGGAUCCUUCUUCUUUGGCAUGAAACUUGUCCUCACUGAGGAAGAAGAGCUAUUGAACAGGAGGAUGAUGAAGUACUGGACCAACUUUGCAAGAUAUGGGAACCCCAACAGUGAAGGUCUACCCUACUGGCCCAUGUUUGAGCAUGAUGAGCAGUACCUGCAGCUGAACAUCAAGCCUGCUGUGAGCCGAGCUCUGAAGGCCAGAAGACUGCAGUUCUGGACCAAGACUCUGCCCCAGAAGAUCCAGGAGCUAAAGAGAUCUGAGAACAUGCACAAAGAGCUCUAGUGCCCUGUGUGAGGAAUGGUGUGUGGGCUUGGCUGCUGAUGGAUAUUGGGCUGGAAUCUCUGGCUGGGCCCCAGUUCUCUCUCUCUCCAGUCCCUGCCCUCUCAGAGAACCACCAGAGGGCCCAGUUCUGCAUUUCCUGUGAUGGACACUGCUUCUCCCCUAAGGCUGCAAGCUGCUCAGGACCCUGCCUACCAUGGUGGGACAUGGGCCCAGCUUGUGUAGGUUUCGUCAUCACCCCACCCAGUGCCUGCAGGGUUUUGGGGACCCCUCCUUCAGUGUGGUCAUGUCAUUUUUCCUGCUCCCUUCCCAUGCCUCACCUCUGGGAGCUGGAAAGGUCACUGGGUGUUCUUUGACCAAUAAUUUACUAUGAAUUCA